GCGCUGCCUGCCCAGCCUGCCCGCGCGCCAUGGCGGGCACCCUGGACCUGGACAAGGGCUGCACGGUGGAGGAGCUGCUUCGCGGCUGCAUCGAGGCUUUCGAUGACUCCGGGAAGGUGCGGGACCCGCAGCUGGUGCGCAUGUUCCUCAUGAUGCACCCCUGGUACAUCCCCUCCUCUCAGCUGGCCGCGAAGCUGCUCCACAUCUACCAACAAUCCCGCAAGGACCACUCCAGUUCGCUGCAGGUGAAAACAUGCCACCUGGUCAGGUACUGGAUCUCAGCAUUCCCAGCGGAGUUUGACUUGAACCCGGAGCUGGCGGAGCAGAUCAAGGAGCUGAAGGCGCUGCUGGACCAAGAAGGGAACCGGCGGCACAGCAGCCUCAUCGACAUCGAGAGCGUCCCCACCUACAAGUGGAAGCGGCAGGUGACCCAGCGGAACCCCGUGGAACAGAAGAAGCGCAAGAUGUCCCUGUUGUUUGACCACCUGGAGCCCCUGGAGCUGGCGGAGCAUCUCACCUUCUUGGAGUACCGCUCCUUCUGCAAGAUCCUGUUCCAGGACUAUCACAGUUUCGUCACCCAUGGCUGCACCGUGGACAACCCGGUCCUGGAGCGCUUCAUUGCCCUCUUCAACAGCGUCUCCCAGUGGGUGCAGCUCAUGAUCCUCAGCAAGCCCACCGCCCCGCAGCGGGCCCUGGUCAUCACACACUUCGUCCACGUGGCAGAGAAGCUGCUGCAGCUCCAGAACUUCAACACGCUCAUGGCGGUGGUCGGGGGCCUGAGCCACAGCUCUAUCUCCCGCCUCAAGGAGACCCACAGCCACGUCAGCCCUGAGACCGUCAAGCUCUGGGAGGGGUUGACAGAACUAGUGACGGCCACGGGUAACUAUGGCAACUACCGACGCAGGCUGGCAGCCUGUGUGGGCUUUCGCUUCCCCAUCCUGGGCGUGCACCUCAAGGACCUGGUGGCCCUGCAGCUGGCCCUGCCUGACUGGCUGGACCCGGCUCGGACUCGACUUAAUGGGGCCAAGAUGAAGCAGCUCUUCUGCAUCCUGGAGGAGCUGGCCAUGGUUACCAGCCUCCGGCCGCCCGUGCAGGCCAACCCCGACCUGCUGAGCCUGCUCACGGUGUCUCUGGACCAGUAUCAGACGGAGGAUGAGCUCUACCAGCUGUCCCUGCAGCGGGAGCCGCGCUCCAAGUCCUCGCCCACCAGCCCCACAAGCUGCACCCCACCUCCUCGUCCCCCAGUGCUCGAGGAGUGGACCUCAGCGGCCAAACCCAAAUUGGACCAAGCAGUCAUGGUGGAGCACAUCGAGAAGAUGGUGGAGUCUGUGUUCCGGAACUUUGACGUCGACGGGGACGGCCACAUCUCUCAGGAAGAGUUCCAGAUCAUCCGAGGGAACUUCCCUUACCUCAGCGCCUUUGGGGACCUCGACCAGAACCAUUCACAUGCUGACGACUGGGACAAACAGCUGGCUCUGGAAAGUAGGUUAAAUGAGCCCCCUGCCACCCCAUCAGACCCCUGUUUUGCUGAGCGGACAAAUUCCAGUCAACAUUGUCCUUCCAUCCCAGGUUGAUGUGUUUUUUAAAUGUUGGCUAGAUUUCAAAAUUCUGGCUUUUUUCCAUGUGACAAAGAUCUGUGGUUCAAAAAAAAAUCCAGGUAAUAAACUGGGUUUACAGUGAACAAAGUGUAUCAGGUUGUGAAAAGCCCCUUCCUUCCUUGCCGCCCAGAGAGGUUUCGUCAGUGGCACUUAGCAGCGCUGCUGGCGGGGCACGCGAGCAUCCCUCCUCCUCCUUUUCCACGCAUGUGCAAAUUGAGAAGGAUUUUGCUCGUCUGUGUCUGUCUCAUGGACAAACAGGAUUAGAGUAUAAAUCUUGCUGUGCCAGGGGCAUGAGUUGUAGUAGCUUUGUCCCUCCCUCUGCCCCCCAGUCGAGCCACAGCUCCUGGUUGGCUCUCCAGUGGGUGGGUGGUUUUUUUCUCCAGGCCCCACUUAUGGGGUUCAGCCUUUGGAAACCUCUGAACCCUCAGCUUCAUGCUGCGGGCCCAGCCUUAACUCCCCACCUCUCAUACACCUCAGACCUUGACCCAGCACCUAACUCCCAACUAAGAAGAGGGAGACCAGCACCCCCUCCCCUGUAACUGCUGUGUCCAACCCCCACCUUACUGUCUCAGCUUUAAACUCCCUCUUUGUUGCUGAAAGUUGGGGGUUUCCAUCUCUUUCUUGCAAACUCACCAAUGCAUUUAAAGCCACUUUGGAUAUACUUUAACCAGGCAGUAGGUAUUUCUAGCAGUUUGGUUUCUGGUGUUUAAUUUACAACAUUUUGGCACUGCCUCCAUGGGUCUGCACGCCCGGCCUUGCUUUUGUUUUUCACUUAACCCUUUAUUAAGGGCCUCUCCCCCGGCCGCUGCCUGUGGUCUACCAGCGGUCUACCUCGUUCCUCGUUCGUUAGAAGCGAGUAGCCUGCCCUGUGGCUCGGCUGUCAUUUACCCCGUCAUCCUCCUGUUUUCCGCUAUUAAUAUCUGCCAGGCCGCUGGGAACAGCUUUGUGCCGAUGCGCUCAGGCCACUAUUUCUGUAGGAGAAAUUCCUAGAAGUGGGAUAAUUGGAUCAAAAGAUAUGCACAUUCUAAAUUAGGAGAGAGACUGCCAAAGUGACCUCAGGCAAGGUUGUGCCAGCCUGCACCCCCAUCAGCAGUGUGUACCAGGGCCCAUUUCCUGGCUUCCUUGCCAACGCUGGAUGCUAUAAUAAGCUUUACAAUUUUGCCAGGCUAAUUGGCAAAGGGUGUCUUGGUUAAAUCCGCAUUUCUUUAAUACUAGCAGGGGCAGAUCUUUUCAUAUGUUUGUUGGCCACUGAUAGGUCUUCUGUUAAUUGCCUGUUCACAUUCUUUGUCCAUUAUCCCACUGGGUUUGUUGGUCUUUUUCUCAUUGAUUUUUUAGAAUCGCUGUUAAUGGAUAUUAACCCUUUGCUGUUGAAUGUGUUUGCAAAUAUUUUCUCCCAGUCUGUCAUUUAUGUUGUCUUUUUCCAUAUAAAAUUUGAAAAAAAAUGUUGUGUGCUCAAUAUGUCAGUCUUUUCCUU